AUGAAUUAUCCAAAAGAAUUUCUAACAAAAAUAGCAGAAUUAAAGAAUUCAGAUGAUUUUGAAAGCGUUUACAAAUUCUUUGAUGAUCUUUCAUUAAAAGGAGAUCAAAAAUUAAUGAAAAAAGCAUGUAGCGAAGGACUUAGUGAAAAGAAAGCUAAACAGAAAAAGAGAAAUAUUCUUCUUGCAGCAACAGAAAGAGGCAAUCUCAGGCUUGUUAAAUCUCUUAUAGAAGGUGGAUGUAAUAAAGAAGCAACAGAUAUAUUUGGUUCAACGGCACUUUUUUAUGCCGCGAGUGAAGGUUUUCUUGAAAUUGCUAAAUAUCUCAUCUCUAUUAAUGCAAGCAUAGCAGCACAUAAUAUUUUUGGAGAUACUCCACUCAUUUAUGCAUCUCGUAAUGACCAAAGUCUUGAAGUUGUUAAAUAUUUUAUUUCAUUAGGAGUUAAUAAAGAAGAAAAGAAUUAUGAUGGCAAAACAGCUCUCCAACUUGCAGCUCCUAAGGUUAAGGAAUAUCUUUUAUCAUUAGGAUAA